AUGCUGAGAAUAUUUUCAGUAGUGACCAUACUAGUUUGUGCCCAAGCAUACCCUGCUCUAGGAGAAGAAAAUGGACUAAAUAAAACUAUUAUAAGAAACAUAAAUGAAAGAAUAGCAGAAGAUGGAUAUUACUCCGAAUCCCACUUUGUAGUUACAAGCGACUGGUAUAUCCUAGAAAUAAAUAGGAUCCCCCUCGGUCGCAAUGAAAGUAAGGAUACGCUUACAACAACUUCGAAGCCAGUCGUUUUCGUGAUGCACGGCUUGCAAAAUUCCGCUAUAUCCUUUAUCGCUUUAGGUCCGGAACUCAGCAUAGCCUACAAUCUCGCUGACAAUGGCUUCGAUGUAUGGCUGGGCAACGCACGAGGCGUUUUAAACUCACGAAACCAUAUAUUCUUGAAUCCUGAUGACCCCAAAGACAGGAGAGCUUUCUUCGACUACACCUUUGAAGACAUCGGGAUGAAAGAUCUUCCAACGAUGAUUGACUACAUUUUGGCUCACACAAAAAGACAACAGCUUCAUUAUAUCGGACAUUCUCAGGGCGGAACCUCUUUCCUGGUGCUUAAUUCUAUGUUACCAGAAUAUAACCAGAAAUUCAUCUCAGCCCAUUUGCUCGCUGGCGUGGGUUAUCAAUAUUACUUCCCUAGCAGAAUUUUAAGCCAUGCCGCCAUUCGAACGGAUUUCAUUUAUAACUUGGCCGUCAGAAUGGGUUUAAUUGAAAUUUUUGGGCCUAGCUCGAUCGACGUAGACGCCAGCAGUUGCGAUGAAGAAUCCAGAAAUGAUGAGUGCGGUCUUGCAAAUAUUAGAGGCUUAUUGGGAGAACUUGGGAAUCUACAAGAGAUGUUAGGUGGAGCGUCUAUUAAGCAAUAUGCUCACUAUGGCCAAAACAUAAGAGAUCGUACAUUUAUGCGAUGGGACUAUGGUCUUCUAGGGAAUUUGUUUAAGUACGGAAGAUUUUCCCCACCAUCGUAUAGGUUAAGUAGUAUAACUGCUGAUGUUACUAUGCACUACACUCUCAAUGAUAUCCUGUUAGAUGAGAGAGAUGUGCGUAUUAUGGCUUUAGUUAUACGCAAUGCUAAAACUCGUAGAGAAAAAAAAAUAGCUCAGGAUGGCUUUUAUUCUGAAACACACAAGGUGACGACGAGUGAUGGUUACAUACUAGAACUGAAUAGGAUCCCUUUUGGCCGAAAUGAUGAUAAGAACUGUGCAGGAGUAACAUCCAAGCCAGUUACCAUGUUAAUGCAUGGAUUACAUGGUGCCGCUGUGUCCUAUAUACUAUUAGGUCCGGAAAAAAGCAUAGCUUACAAUCUUGCUGAUAAUUGUUUCGAUGUAUGGUUGGGUACCGCAAGAGGCAUUAUUAACUCACGCUAUCACGUUUCCUUAAACCCUGAUGACCCUAACGAUCAAAAGGAAUUCUUCGAUUUUUCUUUCGAAGACAUUGGUAUGAAAGAUCUUCCUGCUAUGAUCGAUUACAUUUUGAAUCAAACUGGAAAGUCACAGCUUCACUAUAUUGGACAUUCUCAGGGAGGAACUAACUUCCUUGUAUUAACUUCGAUGCUUCCUGAAUAUAACCAGAAGAUAGCGUCAGCUCAUCUCCUCGCAGGUAUCGGUUAUCAAAGUAACUUCCCUAAUAAAAUCCUACGAUUAGCGGCAUACAGCUCUUCAGCUAUUUAUGCAUUCGCGGUUAGGUUGGGUCUGAUUGAAAUUCUCGGUCCUGAGUGGAAUAACAUCAAUAUUGGGGAAUGCACUGAUAACAACGAAGCAUGUGAUCUUAUCAGCGUCAAAGAUGCCAUGUCAAAAAUCUUCGGACCAAUAGAAAUAUUAGCAGGAGCCUCUAUCAAGCAGUACGCUCACUACGGACAAAAUAUCCAUGAUAAACAGUUCAGAAGGUGGUACUACAAUCCUAUCACGAACCUAAUUAAAUACGGAAGUUUAGUACCUCCAACGUAUAAUAUAAGCGGAAUUACUGCUGACGUUACUUUGCACUACACUAUGAGUGAUGAGCUGCAAGCCGAGCAGGACGUCUUAGCAAUGGCUGAGACUAUGGCUAACUGCAAAACCCGUAGAGUGCCCCGUGACGGCUUCUCUCAUAAUGACUUCGUUGCUGCCGACGACGCUAAAGAGUUGGUGACAGAUUACAUCAUAGAAGAACUAAAAAAAUACGAUAAC